AUGGCCGAAGAAGAAGAUCUUGAAGCAACUCCGUCGUCGUCACCGGAAUAUAAACCUUUACCGUCAUCGAAUCAAGAUCGAAACGACGCCGUUCUGAUCUCACGACGUCGUUUCAUCAUCUCAAUAUUUCUCAUAUCUUUUGCCUCCAUCAUCAUCUACAUCUUCUGGCCGUCAGAUCCACGAAUCAAGAUCGUACGUGUCAAAAUCUCCCACGUCCACGUUCAUCGCCGUUUGGUUCCGACAAUAGACAUGACGUUGCUCGUUACGCUUCAGGUAACGAAUGCUGACGUGUACUCUUUCGAUUUCACGGCGCUUGACGUCGCGGUUGACUACAGAGGAAAGACGUUAGGUCACGUGAGUUCGGACGGUGGACACGUGACGGCUUUUGGUUCUUCUUUACUUGAAGCGGAGACGGAGCUUGACGGCGUUACGGUGUUUGCUGACGUCAUUCACCUGAUUCACGAUUUGGCUAAAGGCUCCGUUGAAUUUGACACCGUUACUGAGACUAACGGAAAACUUGGCGUUUUCUUCUUCCGUUUCCCUUUAAAGGCAAAAAUUGCAUGUGGGAUUAUGGUAGAUACAGUAAAUCAGACAAUUUCUCGUCAAAGUUGUAGACCUGUCUAA